AAAAAAAAAACCACAAAAAAAAAGGAUAGAGAAAAAGAACAAAUCGACCAAGUGCGAAGAGAGAGCUCGGAGAGCUGCUGCGACGACGAACCAUGGAGCUCCAGAACACAGUGAAAGAAGCCCUCAAUGCACUCUACCACCACCCCGACGACGGCGUCCGCCUGCAGGCCGAUCACUGGCUGCAGGACUUCUUGCGGACGCUGGACGCCUGGCAGGUUGCUGAUAACUUGCUUCAUGAUGCAACUAGCAAUCUGGAAACAUUAAUAUUUUGUUCUCAGACCCUUAGAAGCAAGGUACAACGAGAUAUUGAAGAACUACCUUCUGAAGCUUUUCGCCCGUUACGUGAUUCGUUAAAUAACUUAUUGAGAAAAUUCCACAAAGGCCCCCCUAAAGUCAGAACUCAGAUUAGCAUUGCUGUGGCUGCUUUGGCUGUACAUGUUCGCGCUGAAGAUUGGGGGGAUGGUGGGAUUGUGAAGUGGCUUCGUGAUGAGAUGAAUUUGCAUCCAGAGUACAUACCAGGACUUUUGGAGUUACUAACAGUUUUGCCUGAGGAAGUAUUCAACUACAAAAUUGCAGCUCGCCCGGAAAGACGCCGCCAAUUUGAAAAGGAGCUUACUUCACAAAUUGAGGUUGCUCUUGACAUCUUGACUGCCUGUUUGAAUAUUACUGAACUUAAGGAGCAGGUUCUUGAAGCGUUUGCUUCUUGGCUUCGACUGAAACAUGGGAUCCCUGGAUCUGUGCUUGCAUCCCAUCCAUUGGUGCUCACAGCUCUCUCAAGCUUGAAUUCUGAGCUACUUUCAGAGGCCGCAGUAAAUGUUAUAUCUGAAUUGAUCCACUAUACAGCAGCUGGAAGCUCAGGUGGUGUCUCUGUGCAGAUGCCCUUAAUUCAAGUUCUUGUCCCUCAAGUAAUGAAUCUGAAGGGACAGCUAAGAGAUUCUUCAAAGGAUGAGGAAGAUGUGAAGGCCAUUGCUCGCUUAUUUUCUGACAUGGGUGAUUCAUAUGUUGAACUUAUUGCAACUGGCUCAGAUGAAUCAAUGUUGAUUGUACAUGCGUUAUUGGAAGUUGCAUCACACCCAGAGUACUAUAUUGCUUCCAUGACAUUCAACUUUUGGCACAGUCUUCAGGUGAACUUGACCAGAAGGGAAUCGUAUAUUUCAUUUGUGAAUGAAUCUUCCAUUGAAGCUGAGAGAAAUAGAAGGCUGCAAGUUUUUCGUCCAGCUUAUGAGUCACUUGUAUCCUUAGUUAGCUUUCGGAUUCAAUAUCCUCAAGAUUAUCAAGACCUUUCAAAUGAGGAUCUUAAGGAGUUUAAGCAUACUAGAUAUGCUGUUGCGGAUGUCUUAAUUGACGCAGCAUCAGUUUUAGGGGGGGAUGCCACACUUAGAAUUCUUUACAUGAAGCUUGAUGAGGCUGCAGCGUGCUGUCACAGUGAACAAAGUGAAUGGCGCCCAGCGGAAGCUGCUUUGUUCGGCAUCCGGGCAAUAUCAAGUUAUGUUUCAGCAGUUGAAGCUGAAGUAAUGCCCAAGGUUAUGGAUAGGCUACUUACAUUGCCUCAACAUCCUCAACUACUUCAGACAGUUUGCUUAACUAUUGGAGCGUAUUCAAAGUGGCUUGAUUCUGCAUCAGGCGGACUGUCCAUACUGCCUUCAGUUCUAGAUAUCCUCAUGAGUGGCAUGGGUAUAUCUGAAGAUUCUGCAGCAGCUGCAGCUGUGGCAUUUAGACAGAUUUGUGACGAUUGCCGAUUAAAGCUCCGUGGAUGUUUGGAUGGACUCUUCCAUAUAUACCGUAGGGCAGUGAGUGGUGAAGGCAGUUUCAAGGUCGCUGCUGAUGAUUCACUACAUCUAGUUGAAGCCUUAAGCAAGGUCAUUACUGAACUUCCUCCAGACCAUGCUAAGAGGGCAUUGGAGGCCUUGUGCUUGCCCGUUGUUACUCCUCUACAGGUAUGUUUCAUUUUAGAAGAAAAUCUACGUAUGGAUCCUUUUGUUGGUGAUAUGCUGAUUACUGCUGUCAACAACCAGGAAAUUGUCAGCCAAGGCCCAGACACGCUAAAUAGCAAGUCUGCUCGUGAUUUAACAGUUCACAUCGAUCGAUUUGGAUACAUCUUUAGGUAUGUGAAUCAUGCAGAAGCUGUGGCAGAUGCAAUUCAAAGACUUUGGCCAAUUUUUAAAGCCAUAUUUGAUCUUCGUGCUUGGGACAUGCGGACAAUGGAGUCUCUUUGCCGAGCUUGCAAAUACGCUGUAAGGACUUCUGGAAGGUGCAUGGGAAUUACAAUUGGAGCAAUGCUAGAAGAGAUUCAAGGUUUAUAUCAACAGCAUCACCAACCGUGCUUCCUCUAUUUAUCUAGUGAAGUUAUAAAGAUAUUCGGUUCUGACCCAUCUUGUGCAAAUUAUUUGAAAAGUUUGAUUGAAGCACUUUUUAUGCACACAACACGUCUUCUCACGAGCAUUCAGGAAUUUACUGCCAGACCUGAUAUAGCAGAUGAUUGUUUUCUGUUGGCAUCAAGAUGCAUUCGCUAUUGUCCUCAAUUAUUUAUUCCGUCAGCUGUAUUUCCAUCAUUAGUAGAUUGCUCGUUGAUUGGGAUUACAGUGCAUCACAGAGAGGCAUCAAAUUCAAUAUUAACGUUCUUAUCUGAUAUAUUUGAUCUUGGAAACUCUGCCGGGGGAGAACAAUACUUACCAAUCAGGAAUUGUGUCAUUCUUCCUCGAGGGUCCAGCAUAACAAGAAUUUUAAUUGCUUCACUAACAGGAGCACUUCCAAGUUCCCGACUAGAAUCGGUAACCUACACGCUACUAUCUUUAUCUCGAGCUUAUGGGCCUCAGUCGGUGGAGUGGGCCAAGGAGAGUAUUUCUUUAGUUCCUUUGACGGCUGUGACAGAAGUUGAGCGUUCGAGAUUCUUGAAAGCAUUGUCAGAUGCUGCGUCCGGGGCUAACGUUAAUGCCCUGUCUGUUCCAAUUGAGGACCUAUCGGAUGUUUGCCGCCGUAAUCGAACAGUUAUGGAGAUCGUUCAACAAUCUUUGAGGCCACUUGAGUUGAACAUAGCACCGGGAUCAUGAACGAGAGAUAGCGACCAUUUUGCUUACGCCUCGCCCUGUCAGCGGUAAAAUGAGUUGUCGACUGUGCAUUUUCCUCAUUGUUUCAGUGUUUUACUUUGGUUCUCCAAUUUUUAAGGAGAAUCAAUGCCCUUCGCAUCGAUGGGAGAGAAGGGACGGUUUCUGUAUUUGAGUGGUUGGUUUCCUUGGCAUUGUCAUUUUUUGGGGUAGGAUGACAUGGUGGUAUAGAGUUGUAGAUUACUGAAGGAAAGAAAAAUGUAGGCAUUCUUUAGGAGUAUUCCGUCCUUUCAUGUCAUCCGAUAUCGGAAGCUGUGGUGGUGGUGGUGGUGGUGGUUGUACAAAUUAUAUUGAAAGCUUCAAUAUAUUGUAAUCCAAACAGUGGCAUUGUUCGGGUUUCAGGUUUUUUUUCAAUUGGUUUGCGAUGCUAGAAAAAAAGAACAAAUUAUAUUGAAAGCUUUGUUGGUUUGAUUCAUGUGUUGUAAUCUAGACAGUUGAAUAGUUCACGUUCACACGUCUUUGUUAA